AGAUUCAGACUCUUUAAAAAGCUGCUUUUCUGCCGUUCCUUCCCAUCAAUCCCCCCAAGCCCUCAUUUUUCUUUUGUGAAAAGCGAUUGUUUUCUGUAAUCAUCUUUUCUUUUUCUGGCUACAGCUUUUCAGCAUGAUUUAGGGGAAUUUUUCACAUGAGUAGAGUCAAAGACGAUUCAAUUGUGAUUUACUAUUCGAACAAGUCCGUCCUCCACUACGAGGAAUUCAGAUUUGAACUAGAUCGCUCGGUAUCCAAGAACAAGAAACAUGUCGCACCACACUGCCGUCUCGUCUGCUGCCGCUGCCACGAGCGCCAUACUCGUUCGUGCUAUGGCCUGUGCGGAUUCCUCGUGUCAUUUUCACGCCACAACCUUACGUCGACGACCAGUUCAGAAGGAUGACGUCCGGUUUAAGAUUCUCUUUUGCGGUGUCUGCCAUUCAGAUGUACGGUUGUUCUGGUCUUUGGUAUAGCCUGAAUUUGAUCCUAAGCAGGGUUCUCUUCUUGUUUUCCCUUAUGGUCCAACUUCUUAGGUUACACCAAAGACCGGAACCAUUCAUCAGAUCUGCAUGCAGCUGCGAACCACACGCCACUUCUGGGCGGGACGGGAUAUCCGUGCGUGCCGGGUCAUGAGUUGGUCGGCGUCGUAACCGAAGUAGGUACCAGCGUUCAGAACUUCAAAGCUGGCGACCGUGUGGGUGUUGGGACCAUGGUCGACAGUUGUCGAGACUGCGAUAAGUGCGCGGACGGACGUGAAAACGAGUGUGUGAGGCGUGUUGGAACUUACAACAGCCCUGCCAAAGGUUGGGAAGAAGGCAGACAUGUCUUUCAAGACGGAACGAGUAUGUCUUCACCUUUAUCCACUUCAGGAGCUACUACGUGUGAGCCUGGAACAUCCUCCUCCCAGCAUCUCAUCUCCCAACCUCGCUCAAUAGGAGGCUAUAGCACGGAAAUGGUGGUCCAAGAAAAUUGCUGCAUUGCCAUCCCUGACGCCAUACCUUUGGAGUAUGCUGGACCGAUCCUGUGUGCAGGGAUAACAAUGUACGAACCUUUGAAAAAACAUCUGCUGAAACCACUUGGUUUGUGUGAAGAAGGUAGUGGUGGUGGUGGUGAAAGUGCGAGUCUUGGUGCAAGUGGGAGGUCUGGUUUUCUUGCUGAACGGCUAAGUGGAACUCCAUCUUCGAGUCCAGCAUCUUUGAAAGUGGGUAUCGUUGGUAUCGGUGGACUUGGCGUAAUGGGUGUGCAGCUGAGUUCGAGAGGCCUAGGAUUAGAAACCGUAGCCAUCACACGCGGUCUUUCGAAGAAGCAGUUAGCAGAGGAGAAUGGGGCAAAAGGGUGUAUAGACUCUACAGAUCCUAGUUCAUUGGCAGAGCAUGAAGGCAGUUUCGAUAUCAUUUUGGACACGGUGUCGGUGGAUCACGACAUCGUUGCACUCCGGAAAUUGCUGAAAAAAUCCUACGAUUUUGGAGCUGGAGCGGAGAAGAAGUACCUAAGUACGUUUAUCACCAUCGAAUCACGUUGAUAAAAUUUUUGAUCAUCUUACAACUUAAUAUGUCAUGAUUACGCUUAGCGUGACGAGGACUUACGAAGUACAUGAUCAUCUUCCCAACAACAUCACAAUUUUAGAUUCACGCCCAAGCUCGUCCUCCUCGGGGCUUGCAGGCAAACCUUCGGCGCCUUCGUUGCCUCUACCAUGCUUGGGGUCAAGGAUGUGUGUGUUUCGGUGACAGGGUCUCUAGGCAACACUCGCGAAGUGGUCCAACUUUGCGCAGCACAUGACAUUCGCUUGCCGAUAGAGCUCAGACCAGUCUCAGACCUCACACAGAUCUACGAGGCUUUAGAUGGUGGGAAUGCAGCAGCAAAGCGCUAUGUAUUGGAUGUAGCUGGAAGUCUUCCCUUGGCCAGUGCUGACCGAGCAAGUAACAUCAAGGAUGUUGAGACUAUAGAAAAAGCGCCAAAACUGACCCCUUUGCAACCACCAGGGUACUUUGGAGUGGUAAAGGCGGCAUUACAGAUAGCAGGAUAUUGGCCGUUUGGAAUGUCUGCGACCUAAUUCAAAGCUGUUUGAUGUUGAGUAUGCAUGUGUACUAUCACAAGGUGUGCUGAGUGAAACUGAAAGAACCUGUUGCAAACCAGGAGAUGAAGAAGGUCUGCUCUCUAUCCCGCUUGCGUCCUCCGCAUAUACUUAUAGAUUCCUCAUCGUGUUACUGUUGCGUUCGCACGACUGCGGACUGUAU